UGGUUAGCAUACUGCACGGACGGCAGGAAUAUGGUUCCCGUAAAAUUUCUGGUGUUUUUUGUUCUGUGUCUUGAAAUAUCUGAUGCACAUUAUUUGAAGAAAUCAUUUAAAGAUUUGUCAAAUGAUGACACAGAAGAUUUUCAGACUGAAAUUAGGACCUACACGAACUCCCUUGGUAGAGAAGUAAGACUCCGAGAUUUAGACAGAUACUCUGUAGAUGACAUUGCCGACAGUGAGGAUACAUUAUGGAAUGUGGCGGAUGAAACACAAAGAGAUUUGGAUGGAACCUCAGAGGAUAUGGAUGAUCCGGCUAAAGAAGAGGAAAAGUUAGAAGAAAUUACUAAUAAUGGUGGUGACUUGCUGGACCAGGAUAAUGUUAACCAAGAUUCAACUUUAGCCAAGAUGAUAGAGUCUAUGAUUGUAGAAGUCAAUGGACAAGAUAAAAAGCCAAAGGGAUUACAUCCCGAAUCUGACAGAAAAGAAAAGGAAGAUUCCAUGGAUAUGAUCAAAUAUACCCAUCAGCAGUUGGUUGACAUGGGUGUUGAGCAAGAAAAGGAAAAUCCGAUACCAAAGAGAGGAACAUAA